UAAGCACGUUGUUGGGUGAACUCAAGAAUUUGCUGCUCCGGAAAUUGACUGGGAUUUGGAAAACUGGUUGUCCCAAAUUGAUGUGGACGACGCUGAGGACUUUAAACUGAGCAAUAUUCAGAAAGAAUUCCGUUUUUUGCCUCCAGUUGACAGCAAACAAGUCACCGAAUACCAGCAGUCACGCAAACAACCAGACAACUCGCAGCGCUACAAAAUGGGGCGUCAAAACAUGGAAUGAGUGGAAAGAGCAAAGCAGAUGACUGAUCUCGCUGGGAUAAAAGGUUAUCAUACUGGGCAUUCAGGAAAGGUUACACAGGCAACCACGCUGUUCCGGCAAAAUUUCGACGAGCAGCUAAUAGCAGAAAGAACGGGUCACUCCAGUCUAGCAAUUAGAAGCUACAAGCGGACGAGCGACGAGCAGACGAAAGCGGUGUCAGACGCAUUGCAGCUACCCAAACCGAAAAUUGCGAAAGAAGCGAAAACGCAUGACAUAUCCACCACCACCCCAACAGACGAGGACAAAUCUAAUACUACUGUCAUAACCGAUUCUUCCCAAGUUUUUGGUAAAACUUGCAUGAGAUGUGAAGAUGCUGCAGUUGUUGCCUUGAAGGCAAAUGAUCUCGCAUUCUGUAGGAGCUGUUUUCUCAGUUACUUUACUCAUAAAUUUAGAUCAACUAUUGGGAAAUCAAAGUUGGUGAAGAAAGGUGAAAAG